CUUUGACGACAUCAGUUUCAGUGAAUUAGUAUGGCAGCAGUGCUACUGCUCGGUGUCAUUGCAGUCAUGAUGCACCUAGCAUCAAUAUCAUCAGCGCAGCCUCACCCCGGAUGCAGAACACAUUGUGGUAAAAUCGAGAUCCCCUACCCAUUUGGCAUUGGUGUCGGUUGUGCUAGGGAACAAGGAUUCGAGAUCAGUUGCAGCAGGACAGCCGAUGGACUCGAGAGGCCAUUCAUCGGUGAACAGGAGGUUAUGAAUAUCUGGGUAUCCCGUGGCCAGUCCCGAGCUUUAAUGCACUUUCCAUCAUAUUGCUACAAUUCUAGCACAAGACAAAUGGAUUCAUACAUAUGGGAAUUUAACUCAGUUUGGCCGUACCGGUUUUCGGAUGUGGACAACAAGUUCACAAGCAUUGGUUGCAACACACUUGCAUACAUUUACAACACCAACGGCAGGUCAAGGGAUGUGACAGGGUGUCCAUCCGUGUGUGCAAGCCCAGAAGACCUGACAAAUGGCUCGUGCCUUGGUGUAGGCUGCUGCCGAAGUGCCGUUCCCAAGGGCUUAACACGCUACUUCGUCUAUUUCUAUAAUGUAGAUUAUGUCAGUGUUUCAAAUACUUGGCCCUUUAACAAAUGCAGCUACGCCGGCUUGGUGGAAACAGAGUCGUUUCUCUUCAGCUCCGAUUAUGUAACAUCUACGAGUUUCAACGAUACCUACAAGGGGCGGCAGCCUUUGGUGCUUGACUGGGUGAUUGGGAAUGUCACGUAUGUCAAUGAAUGUGACCACAGUCCAAGUCCAUGCCCUGAGUCUGCAACUUGCCAAAACAGAAUAGGAGAGUACCAGUGUUCAUGCCCUUUUGGCAGCAAGUUUGCAAAGGAAACAAACUCUUGCACCAACCAGUUUAAAGGAGUCAUUGUUGGACUAAGCUGUGGUAUCGGAGUUCUAUUUAUUGUGUCAAUUUCAACUUUGUUGGUUCAGAGGUGGAAGAUAGGCAUUAAGAAUAGAGUUCAAAAAGCGAACUUCCGGAGAAACAAAGGCCUUGUCUUAGAACAAUUAAUCUCAUCCGAUGAAAGUGCCACACAUAGCACUAAAAUAUUUUCUUUGAAAGAGUUAGAGAAGGCUACAGACAAUUUUGACUCCACUCGCAUUCUAGGCCUUGGAGGGCAUGGUACCGUUUACAAGGGGAUUUUAUCAGAUCAGCGCGUGGUGGCCAUAAAGAAGUCCAAAAUGACUGAUCAAAGAGAGAUUGAUCAAUUUGUCAACGAACUUGCAAUCUUGUCACACAUCAAUCAUCGAAAUGUGGUAAAACUUUUUGGAUGUUGCCUUGAGUCGGAGGUUCCUUUGCUUGUAUAUGAGUUCAUCUCGAAUGGCACGCUGUCUGAACAUCUUCAUGGUGACCAUGUGAGUGGUAGAUGCUUGUUAUCCUGGGAAGAUCGUAUCCGAAUUGCUAGUGAGGCUGCAAGUGCUCUUGCUUAUCUUCAUUCUGCUGCUUCAAUACCAGUCUUCCAUAGAGAUGUGAAAAGUGCCAAUAUACUCUUGACAGAUAACUUCACUGCAAAGGUUGCAGACUUUGGUGCUUCGAGAUCCAUCUCCAUCGACGAAACUCGAGUGGUCACGACAGUGCAAGGCACUCUUGGAUACCUGGAUCCUGAGUAUUACCACACAGGGCAGCUAACUGAGAAGAGUGAUGUUUACAGUUUUGGUGUGAUCAUAGUCGAGCUCCUAACAAGGAAGAAGCCAAUCUUUCUAAACUCCCGGGAUGAGAAGAAAAACACAUGCGGCUGCUUCCUUCAGAGCCUACAAGAUAACACUACAAUGGAGAUUGUCGAUGUUCAGGUUCUGGAGGAAGGUAACGAGAGACAGAUCAUGGAGAUAGCUUCCCUUGCAAGUGCAUGUUUGAGGCUCAGAGGAGAAGACAGGCCUACCAUGAAAGAAGUGGAGGUAAGGCUGCAGCUCCUCAGAGGCAAGAUGGAACUGAAGAAGAACCACGAGUUAGAGGGGGACAAUGAAGCCAUGCCAUUGUUAUGUUCAAACUAUCCCAAUUAUCUCCGCACUAGCCCCGGUACACAGUGCGAUAAACUCUCGGCUGCUACUUCUUCAACUCAGGGUGUCACCCGCAGCUACACCAUGGAGCAAGAGCUUGUUUCUUGGACCGACCUACCUCGCUAA